AUCAUGGCUUCUGGAGUAACAGUGAAUGAUGAAGUUAUCAAAGUUUUUAAUGACAUGAAAGUACGAAAAUCUUCAACGCCAGAAGAGAUUAAGAAAAGAAAGAAAGCAGUUCUCUUCUGUUUAAGUGGUGACAAAAGACAAAUAAUUGUAGAAGAAUCAAAGCAGAUACUAGUUGGUGACAUUGGUGACACGGUGGAGGACCCGUACACGUCCUUUGUGAAGCUGUUGCCUCUGAAUGAUUGCCGAUACGCUUUGUAUGAUGCAACAUAUGAAACAAAGGAGUCUAAAAAAGAAGACCUGGUAUUUAUAUUCUGGGCUCCAGAAAGCGCCCCUUUAAAAAGCAAGAUGAUCUACGCAAGCUCUAAAGAUGCCAUUAAAAAGAAAUUCACAGGUAUUAAACACGAGUGGCAAGUAAAUGGCUUGGAUGAUAUUAAAGAUCGUUCAACGCUUGGAGAGAAACUAGGAGGCAAUGUCGUAGUUUCACUUGAAGGAAAACCGUUAUAAAAGGACAGACAAGUGCCAUCUGGAGCUUCCAUUUCUGCAGCUCAUUCAAUUGGAAUAGCAUUAGUCCCUUUUACCUCACCCGCCCGGACCCUGCACACCUGAAGAAGAUAUCAUUAAAUUAAGCCGUCUACCAAUGAUUGCCAUUAGACUGUUUUUAAACCUGAUAGUUUUAUGUAGAACCCAAGGAAUGCCUUUACGUCAUACUGUUAAAGAAAAUUCAUGAUGUGGUAUUCUUUGAAAAUGUGUAGAAUGAAUGUGAUAGUUGAUGUGGAUAGUCUAGCCAAGCAAUAAAAAGGUUUAAGCUAAUUGACUGCCUUUAAAGUAUUGUCCAGUGGUAGACCCUGUUCAGUAUUAUUUAAAGUUGCACUUGAUUGCAGUUCCAUGAGGCUCUUGUGCAUUCAUACACCUCACCUGCCUUGACAAGACUUUUUUCUUUUGGUGAUAUGGCGGCACACAACACUAUGCAUUUAAAGCACUUUUUUGUAAUUUUUGAUUCUCCCCCCCCCCAAUGCCAAUUUAGUUUCUGUAACUGUUUC